AGUAUUUCAAACAACAUUUCAGAAUGAGCCGCAGAACUUUCAAUAUACUCUGCAAUGAACUAAAGGAUCUGGAAAUGCAAGAUACAAACUUUAGGAAGUGUAUACCAUUACAAAAAAGAAUAGCCAUUGCAAUAUAUACACUGGGAUCAUCCGCUGAAUACAGGACAGUUUCAGCUAUCUUUGGGGUUGGAAUAUCCACAGUAUGCAUUAUUGUGACAACAUUUUGUCAGGAAGUUUGGCGUGUUCUUUUCUUUGAUGAAACCAUUUCCUUUCAGUACCACAGCUUCCGAAGAAGAAAAGAACUUCAACUACGCACUUUCGAAAUGUCGAAGAGUUGUUGAAAACUGUUUCGGACACCUUAAAGCAAGAUUUAGGACAAUCGGAAAGGGACUUGAUAAAAUCAACAUUCAAUGCUUGCAAAAUGCAAACAAUAAUUCGCAUAGAGAGCAAUCGGAACAAUCAACACAGGUAGAUGAUGCAAGAAAUACACCUUCCAUUAUCCGAAAUGCCAUCAAAAUGCAAUUAGCCCGGAGCCUUGACGGAGUAGCCCGCGAUGAACUAGAUGCAGACUCGGCCGACGGAGUUUCUACAUCUUCUUCGUACUGGGAUGAGGUUGCCCCGCAGCUCAGACUCCUUUUCAGCCCAGAGUUCGAGCAGGUACUCCUCAUCCUGGCUCCCCCACAGUUUCCUUUUUUUAUUUUUUUUUUCUUCCAUAUUCUGUAAAUAAAAAAACAAAAAGCAAUAAUUCUUAUUUUGUAAAGAUAAAUUGUAUAAAUAAUAUUACUUACCACGGCC